GCAUCCAGGCAUUGCCAGGUGGCUGCGGGCGCGAGGAGGUCCUGCGGCAGGCGAGGGCGAGGGCGGCGGCGAGGCCAGAGUGACAGGUGUGCGAGAGAGGGAGCCUCCUGCAGGUGGACAGGCCCGGGGGCACGUGUUCGCGGAAGGAUCAGGGGGAGGCAGCGGUAAAAAGCGUGCAGAGUGCGAGUUGGCUUCGCCAAAAUGCCCAGUGCUCACCUGUCUCUUCGGGAGGAGGACGUGGUGCGACUGGCCUUAGAGUUCCUCCAAAAUAGGUACCUUCAUAUAUCACAGCUCAAUGUAGAAAGAGAAACGGGCAUUAUUAAUGGCAACCAUUCGGACGAUGCUCUCUUUCUUCGUCAACUGAUUCUCGAUGGGCAGUGGGAGGAUGUUCUUGAAUUUGUGCAACCACUUGAAGCAAUAGAUGCUUUUGAUACAAAGAAAUUUCACUUCAUUAUUUUGAAGUACAAGUAUUUUGAGUUGUUAUGUAUCAAAGCAGAAGCUCCCAAUCCCAGCAAGGAAGGUGCUGUUGAUGAACUAGUCAAGGUCCUGAAUGAGUUGGAGAAAUAUGCACCUAACAAGGAGGCAUAUUCUCAACUCUGCCUGUAUCUGACACUCCCGAGACUUCAUGAACACUCAGACUUUCGUGACUGGAACCCUAGUGCUGCUCGCGUACAAUGCUGGACUCAGGUGUUCCCGCUCGUGGAGAAGUUCCUUCCCGCCGAACGUCGCGGUGGUCUUGCAGGGGACAUGGAAGGAGUGGGAAUGGCCAAGAACGACCGCCUGGUGCAGCUGAUCAUCAAAGGCCUAUUAUAUGAGUCAUGUGUUGAGUUUUGCCAGAGUCAGGCCACUGGCGACAGCAGUAACUCCGGCACACUCAAAUUUCCCUCCCUGCUCUCUUGUACGACAUUCAGUGACUCUGAUCUCUCAUUGUUGUCUUGGCUGCAAAGUAUACCACCAGAAACCUUUGCCUGUCCUUUUGAACAAAAGACGCUAAAUGUUGAUGUUGAACGAUUAGAAAAGCCGUCUCUGGAAGCAUCGUGGACUGAACAUCUUCUUGUGACGCCAAUUAAACCAAGAACUUUUCCACACUCUGCAAUGCCGUACAAUAGGCCAAGAGCACGGGAUAUUAUGUCACGCUCUCUAAACCCGAAUCUCGAUGGUCUCCCAUUUGGUUUAGGUUCAAAUAGAAAUUCUAUGGCACUUUCUACAGGUGAUAUCAAUAUGAUGUCAAAGAGUAUUGCAAGCUUCCACCUUACAGGAAAGAAGACCAUGAAUACAUCCGUUGAUCGGCUUUUUGACACGGAAAAUGUUUUCACAAGUAGUUCGUAUGGGGAUCUGCCCACAAUCAUAGAAAAGGUUGGACUUCCCAAGCCACCUCCAAGGAGAGCACGCUCAAGAAGUCCUGACAAGAGACAGUCCACAGAUUCGCUCAACAAACCAGCUUUUUCGGACAAAGUUGAAAAGGAUAUUCGGGAAGAGAAACCGGGUACGCCACCGGCGCUGCCGCCAAAGUCUUCGCCGACACCACCCCAGAUUCCCCCACCAAACCAUACCCCUCCAAACCUCCCAGCCCCGUACCAGCAGCAACCACAGCAUUACCCUCACCCGAAGCAAAACGUCCCUCUACCCCCAGUACCAGACGGCAAGCCUUCCCACCCCCCACCCCAGCCUCCACAGCAGAACCAGAUGCCUCAGCAGCCUCCACAGCCUCCCUUCGACAGCAACUGCAAUGCCAACAAUGAUCGUGAGACGGGUGAACUCUUCAGCAUAUAUCAGCGGAGACAGCAGAUGAUGGGUCAGCAACAGCAGCAGAUGUAUGACCAGUACAGCAACAACAAUCAGAUGAUGAUGAACAUGGGAACGCUACAUCCGCCCAACAUGAAUAUGAAUCGGAUGAUGCCUGGGGUGAUGCCUCCGCCGAUGGCCGCCCCGACGGAGAACUUCAACCCUGCUGCACAACCUCCGUAUUUGCAAGGCUAUGACUCGCUUAAGACUGGCAGCAAAGAUGGAGAGGCCAAACCCAGAUUCCUUGCCGUCACAACACUGGAGGAUGUUCAGGCCGUGCGCUGUGCUGAGUUCCAUCCCUCGGGCCGUUUCUACGCCGUGGGAUCCAACUCCAAGACGCUGCGGAUCUGCAGUUACCCCAAACUUUCAGAGCUUAGUCUCCGCAGGGAGGAUCACACCACCUACCAACCGACAGUACUCUUCAAGCGCACCAAGCACCACAAAGGCUCCAUUUACUGCUUGGCCUGGAGCCCCAUGGGAGAUCUCAUUGCCACCGGCUCCAACGACAAGACGGUCAAGCUCAUGAAAUUCAACGCGGAUUCGUGUAAUAUGGACGGUCAAGAGAUCGAGUUAACAAUGCAUGACGGCACCGUUAGAGAUAUGUGUUUCAUUGAGGACUCGAGUAACAAAUCAUCUUUGCUCAUUUCGGGAGGCGCUGGGGACUGCAAAAUAUACGUUACAGAUUGUGCAACUGGCACCCCAUUCCAGGCUCUCUCAGGACAUACAGGUCACAUUUUAUCUCUGUAUACAUGGGGAGGAGCAAUGUUUGUGUCUGGUUCACAAGAUCGUACAGUCCGUUUCUGGGACUUGAGAACUAGAGGCUGUGUGAACGUUAUCACUCCUGCUGCAACACCUACAAAACCAGGAGCUCCCGUUGCAUCACUCUGUGUAGAUCCAAGUGGGCGGCUUCUCGUCACUGGUCAUGAAGAUUCAGUGUGCUCUCUAUAUGAUGUUCGAGGCUCACGAUGCAUACAGGCUUUCCGACCGCAUUCAUCAGAUGUGCGAUCAAUCAGAUUCUCUCCAUCGGCAUAUUACCUGCUUACUGCAGGUUAUGACAACAAACUUGUCUUGACAGAUCUUCAAGGUGAUUUGACUCUACCGCUCCCAAGCGUGGUUGUAGCUGAACACCAGGACAAGGUUAUUUCAGGUCGCUGGCACCCAUCGGACUUCUCCUUCAUUUCAACUUCUGCUGAUAAGAUGUGCACAUUGUGGGCAUUACCACCAGUAUAACAAGUUGAGAGAAUGUGGCAGUCAAAGAGAAUGAUUUACCCUACUUUUACCAGUAGAGAAAAGUAUGUGGUAUGAGGUAAUUCACAUAGAUUGAUAUUGUGUAAAUUUAUUAAACCUUGUGAUGAUGUAUCACCUUGAGAAAUUCCUCUACCUCAUCAAGGCUGGCAGUGUUAACCCAGAAGUCAUAGGGUAGUUUAUAGAUGAAUCUCAAUUAUUGCUGGUAAAUUGUCUAUGAUAUACAAAAGAUCAUGAAUGUGGAUGAUGUUCACAGGCAUGGAUCAGUCUCCAGAUAUCUUUGUAUGUGGUGAUGGUGGCGAGUUAGGAUUUAUGAAGAUAUGUUUUUUAUAUUGUAUUUAAAGGGAUGUGCAAAAAUAAUCACAUAGAUGAAUAACAUUAUAUACUUGUUAAGUCUUCACUACUUUUCAAGUUUCUGUUGUAAUUAAAAGUAUUAAUUUAUCUCACGACGUAAUGUAAACAUCUAUUUGUGAAGAGGUUUUUUUUUUUUUAGUGAAAAAAAAAAAAAAAAAAAAAGUCUCUCCUUAUCAGAAGAAAACAUGAAUACAAUAGCAUUAAAGAAUACUUAAGUAAUGUUGUCAUACUUGAAUCCACUCCUUAUCAGUAAGCUAGUCACAGAAAACUGUGAGUCAGCCAUAUACGUCAUUACCCACAGAAGUGCAGUGUUAUGUUAUUGCCAAGUCCUUAUGAUUAUUGAAUUUAUAUAGAGUUUUCAUGUAUAUUUAGAUGAGAAUGUUUGCAAUAUAUUGAUAUGCAAUAAUCUUUCAAAUGUUUAUGCUUAAUAUUUAUGUACUGAAUUUUUUUUUUUUUUUAGUAUGUAUUCUACUUGAAGAGGAAAAAAAAAAAGGAUGAAUGAACACUGUUGUUGUUCUCUGCAAGGAAUGUGUCCUGAAUUAUAUUUAAAAGAAAACCGUUUCUCAGCCUAGUGGAAAUGUACCCCCAUAUUUACUCCAGUUUCUUUAUUGCUUAGUACUGAAUAUUAUUUGGGUUCAAAAGCCUGGUACUUAAAUUAGAUUACUCUUCCUCUUUGUCAUCUUGUACGUAGGGGUGAUUAAUCUGGGUUCUAAUUAAAUGAACAUUAUUUAUAAACAAAUGAUGAUGAUCGCAUUAGUUCUUUAUAGUAGAGAGAGGUUUUAAAAUGGUACAGAAUUUCUACCUUGCUUUUUCCUCAAAUGGUUGAUUAGAAAUAUGCAUAUAUACAAAUAUAAUACUGUAAAGAAGGAUAGCCAUACAUGGAAUUCCAUGCAUUCUAAGAAGUAUUAGCAAUGAAGAAAUAUGGAAACCUUUUAUUGAUGAUGAUAAUGUUACUAAGGAGCAGAAUACAGGCCUCUGAAGUAAAAGCUUAAGGUAAUGUGUGUUAAGCUUUAAAUAUCCCGCUGUCUCAUCCCAAUCAAUGAACAAGCCAUGUAUAUUCUAGUGAGAAGUAGAAAAAUACAAAGAGUAUGA